AUGGGUAGCCGUGAACGCCACGAUAGACGGCACGCGUCGCUGCUCGUCAGGAACCUGAAGUACGAAACUUCGCCCGAGCAAUUGCGUUCUGCAUUUUCCAAGUUCGGCGAAAUCCGUGACGUGUACCUGCCGCUCGACUACUACACGAGAAAGCCCCGCGGAUUUGGAUUCGUCGAAUUUUUUUCGCAUUCCGAUGCCGAUGAGGCCAUGCGCGAGAUGUUCGGAUACGAACUAGACGGCAACAAAAUCGAGGUCUUCGUCGCGAAGCAUGGAAGAUCCGACCCCUUCCAGAUGGUAAGCCAAGGCGCCGAGUCACGGCGGUCUAGUCGCAAACCGCGCCGCACGGAGGCUAUGAUUCGAACGCAAACGGAAGAACAAGCCCCAGCGGUCACUUGCGGUAAGACGGAGCUGACAACCUUGCAGAGAAACCGUGAGCGGAGGAGACGCAGGAGCCGCGACCGGUCGUACUCGAGAGAUAGGCGCCGCCGAUCGCUGUCGUACGACAGACGCCGCAGGCGUUCAAUUUCAAGGUCGCGAGAAAGAUACAGGUCACGCGAAAGGGACAGGCGCGUGUCCAGGUCUAUGGAAAGACCUUCCCCAAGGUGCGUAUGA